CUGCUGAUCGCCUGGACCCCUCCAUCACCGUGCCUUCUUCCGAAGCAUUGCCGGCCCCGGCUAGUCCCACGUUACCUCCUCCGUCUGGCCGAUUGUCGAUUCCGGUCCGCUUCGAACGGCCAGCUCUCCCCUUGCUACAAGUCGCCUAGUUCCUUGCACCUUCCACGGCCGCCGGUGCACUGCCAGCCAUGUAUCAAAAUGGGCAGCGGGAAACGACCCGGCCCUUCCAGGUGCCGCCUCCUCCACCACCUAUGUCACCGCCGCCAUCCGUCGGAAUCGGCAACCUGGUGGCCAUCCCCCCGCCUCCUCCUCGAUACCCGAGCGCGCCCGGGGCAACUGGCAAUGUCCUACUCCCUCCGCCUCCGGGCCCGCCGCCCAAUGCCUCUUUCCCGUCAAGCGCUCUGGGGCCGCCGAGUGCCUUGGGGAACGCACCGUGGCAUGGCGCUUGGGGCAGAGCCUACGACGGACGGACGGUCUUCAACAUACCACCACCCCCGCCCGGCGGUGCUGGGGCCACGGUAUUGCAAGCCUACAACCCCAAGCACCAUGGCCAGAUAGGCGCCACAAACGCUGCCAACCCGGCCGGUCCUACAACACUAGCAGUACCUCCACCGCCACCUCCGAGCGAGCAGAUGAGCGCGACGUACAUUCCGCAAGGAGACACGUAUGGCGAAGGUGUGGGUAUCCCGGGCCUGGGAUUCACCGACGAUGGCAGCCAUAGCUGGGGUACUGUUGGGAUGGAUUCCACAGCCGCCACGCCGCUAGAGGAGACGUCCGGGCGCGACAGGCUUUUUGCAGCAAUGGGCCAGAGUAGGGGCUUGUCUACGGCCACUAAUGCCAGCUCCGUAUCGAUAACAGUUCAGCCUGAGGUGGCAGCUCAAUGGUCGCUUGAUAGGGUGUUGUCAUGGCUCCAGGCCAAUAACUUCUCCAAAGACUGGCAGGAGACCUUUAAGUCUCUGAAUAUCUACGGAGCGCAGUUCCUCGACCUCGGAAGUACUCAUGGCGGUCGCGGCAACUUUGGCAUGAUGCACCAGCAGGUGUACCCGCAGCUGGCACGGGAAUGCAAAAAGAGUGGCACUGAGUGGGAUCUGACCAAGGAACGAGAGGAAGGCAAGCGAAUGCGCCGGCUGGUCAGGAGCAUCGUUACCGGGAAGCCGGUCGAUUCAGCUAAGCUAUCGGCUGGUCAUAGCCGUAAAGACUCCUCCAGUGUCACAGCUAGCGCCGGUACGAGCAUCGCACCCGGCGGUGCAGCGGGGGAAGUCUCGGGCUCUCCUAACACUCCCAUAAAAGCUCCAGGCCCAGGCUUUGGCGGAAGGAGGUUUUCUCAGUCGCGGGCAACCACCAUGCCAACGUUUACCAGCACUAUGAGCUCUGAACCAAACCACAGAAGUCUCAUGAAGAACAUUGACACCGAGAUCGCGCGUCGUCACAGCCCCAGUCUCAGCGAGCCAGGUGAAGCAGGCACGCUCCGUGCGGGCACCCCGCAGGGAAGGGACAGCCAGAGCGGCAGCCCCGUCCCUCAGUCCGGGCUCUUUACGCCGUCUUCCACUGCAGGCAACGUUUCCGCGUCGCCACACACCAGCAGAUUUGGCCACCGGUCUCGCAACAGCACUGACUCCGUAUCCUCUAACGCAGCGAGAUACGGGUCCGGUGUCCCCCCCGACGCUACCUCUAUCGCCGACGCAGUCAAUGGGAAUGGUCGACGGUAUGGUCAGGAUGGUGGCCGACCCUCGUCCCAAGAGCCUGGGGACAGGAGCGCUGGGACAGAUCCCCCCGGAAGUGCGAAGGGUUCUAGCUCGAUCCUCUCCAUUUUCUGGGGUAAGAAGAAGAACGAGGACCAGGAUUCACCCACCAGCCCAAGUCUUCAUGGCAAGAUGCAUGUGGCGGGAAGUCACCAUGCUAACGGAAGUGAGAGCUCACUCGACCGACCGGCUUCCAAGAGUGCGAGUGGUGGGCGCGUCUUUAUCCUUGCUACUGCUGAUUGCUGGAACUACCGCAUGGUUGACGUUACAGAUAUUGGCUCGCCAUCGGAUUUGCGGCAGGUGGUCUGCGUCAACCUUGGCCUGCCGGACAGCCAAAACGCACAGAUUUACUUGACGGAAUUGGGGAGGUUUGAGCACGAUGACGAACCGCUCGACGACACAAAACUCUUGACAGCCAAGAAUUAUAUGGGUAACGCUGUGGGAUCUCUGAAGUUGUUUGUACGUCCUGGGGGGUCACGGCCGCUGCCCGGCCCCGAUACACAGACGCUCUCCUCAGGGCAUUUACGUGUGGACGCCGAAACCUACGACAGACUCAACGGGCGGCAACGAUCAAGUUCUUCGCCACCCACGUCAAGACAGAAUACCCUCACGGGCAGGGAGCGAGACGAAAAAAUGCUGACGGCCGAAGCCAUCAAAUACAGGACGGAGCAGCUCCGGAAGCAGCAAGAGUAUUUGGCGAAGCGAAAGGCAGCCGCCGAGGCCAAGGAGAGCAGUACGGCUACAGAGGUCCCCGUCGGCAUUGUGGGGAGACAGGUGGACUUCGACCAGCCCAGGCUGUCGCCUUAUGAAGACAGGAAGCUCGACAACUUGCUUCCACAGCGAAAGGCGCCCGCCCCGCCGGAGGACCCGUCCGCCACUCUGCUGAAGGCGAAUUCGCUGAGCAAGAAGCAUGCCACACGUGUUUCUCAAGGAAGUUAUGACGGCGGGCGACCAAAGCGUACAUCGUCCGACAUGCGUGAUGAUGCUAUGGUCGAGCGGCAAAGAAGACGACCAAAUCUGCCGAGUCCAGAGGAUGGUAUCCGUGGGCUGUUAGUGGGCAUGGCUGGAGGCAUGGCUGGGAUCGGACAUCCUUCUGCUGGAGGGAACAGAGCAUUGUCGCCGCACCGGGUGUCCUCGAUGCCGAUAACAAACAACGAGGCCAAUGAACGAGGUAAGGGAGCCAUGUCCACCGUCGACUUUAGGAAGCGGGCACGCGCCGGUUCUGGUGGGUCUCCAGGGUCGCCGGGCUCUACCACCUGGAGUCCCAAGAACGUGCCGUUCCUCGUGCCGGACUUUUCGCCAGACGAAACCGUCGGGCCUGGCAGUCGCGGACCCGCCGGAGCCGGUCCCUCUCCUGAACGACUUCAGCAUGGAACAGUGGCUAAACUUUCUCGAGCAGCACGCGCUCCGUCCCCGGGAGGUGUUAGUCCCAGCUCCUGCCGGCCGAGCCGCACAUUCUCGAGCGAAGCGAUCAACAGGCGCAAGUCACACGGCCCCGAUACAGACUUCCAGGACAACGAUGUUAGGUUCUCUCAGACGUCGACGCUUAUCGAUAACAAGGGCGCGGCCGAUGACGACGACUCGGGAGACGAUUCAGACGACGGUCUGUUUGCAGUCCCCAUUGCCGCUCGCUCCGGAGGAGCCGCCAAGAAGCCGUCCGAGCCAUCCGAGGGCGGCGAGUUCGAUGGUAGCGGCAAGCGUCCGAGUCUGCGGCUCAACACGGAGCGCUCCAGGAAGACGCGCUCGGUCGCUUUCAAGUCGCCGCAGGCGAGUGCUGACGGCACGACACCGCCGGCCGGCAAUGAUGAAGGCGGCGCAAGCGGGGCCUCGUCGCAGCGCCGCACGCCCGGUACUCCGGGUUCCGAGAGCUGGGACUCGGAGGAACGCGAGAACAAGCUGGGCAGACGCAAGUCGUUUAUCGAGAAGGACGUCUGGGCCAACCGUCCACCCACCGACGAACUCAUCAACAACCUCGAGGACUUCUUCCCGAACGUGGAUGUUGACCAACCGGUGCUCGAGGAGGGAGAGGAGGGGGACAUUCCUUCGCCUAUCGCCGAGGGAGACGAGACCCAAGGUGAGCAGAGCGCGGCCCAAGCCAAAGCUGCUCUGCCGUCGAUGCCGCCGCUACCGGCUGGUCUGUCAUCCAAGAACAACAGAGGCUCGCUCUACAACGAGAGCGAUACUCUUGGAUCCGAUGAAUCGACGCUCAAGGCGGUCGACUCGCGCCCAGUGUCGAUGCAAACGCUGGCACACCGCAGCGUGCGAAAAUCCGGAGGCCUUGGCCGGAUGAAGUCCAUCAGGGAAGUUGCGCGCGGAGCACACGAAGCAAGCAAGCGUUUCACUCGAACCUCUGGGCAGAUGAACGCACAAGCUGCGGGUACCAGCGCUGAUAAGAACACCAACCUGAUGCGCCGAAAGAGCACCAAGAUGUUCAACGCCAACAUCGUGCAGAUCCGACCGGAGCGGGGCUCGCUCAACAUGGCGAUUGGCUUAAAUGCGAUGCCGCAAGCGCACGACAGCUUGCCGGACAGGAACAACCGCAACGGCCUCAAGCGGCAGACCACCUUCCGCUGGUUCAAGGGCCAGCUGAUCGGUAAAGGAACGUUCGGGCGCGUGUACCUGGGCAUGAACGCCACGACGGGCGAGUUCUUGGCGGUCAAGGAGGUCGAGGUCAACCCCAAGGCGGCGCAGGGCGACAAGAAGAAAAUGCAGGAGUUGGUGGCGGCGCUGGACCAGGAGAUCGACACGAUGCAGCAUCUCGACCACGUCAACAUCGUGCAGUACCUCGGGUGCGAGCGCAAGGAGACGAGCAUCUCCAUCUUCCUUGAGUACAUCUCGGGUGGCUCAAUCGGGUCGUGCCUGCGCAAGCAUGGCAAGUUCGAGGAGCCCGUGGUGGCGUCGCUAACGCGGCAGACGCUGUCGGGCCUCGCGUACCUGCACCGCGAGGGCAUCCUGCAUCGCGAUCUGAAGGCGGACAACAUCCUGCUGGAUCUCGACGGAACGUGCAAGAUCAGCGACUUUGGCAUCAGCAAGAAGACGGACAACAUCUACGGCAAUGACAAGACGAACUCGAUGCAGGGGUCUGUGUUCUGGAUGGCGCCCGAGGUGAUCCGCUCGCAGGGCGAAGGCUACAGCGCCAAGGUGGACAUUUGGUCGCUCGGCUGUGUGGUGCUCGAGAUGUUUGCCGGGCGGCGGCCGUGGAGCAAAGAGGAGGCAGUCGGAGCCAUCUACAAGAUUGCCAACGGGGAAACGCCGCCGAUUCCAGAAGAUAUCCGCGAGGAGAUCAGUCCGAUUGCUAUUGCCUUUAUGUUGGACUGCUUUACUGUCGACCCGACCGACCGGCCGCCUGCCCAUACGCUUCUCUCGCAGCAUCCGUUCUGCGAGCUCGACCCCAACUACAGCUUCCUGGAUACCGAGCUAUAUGCCAAGAUCAGGGGCACCUUUAGUAAUUGAGACGGAGGGGUGUUUGUUUGACAGGAAAGGUGGUGGCAACUCA